AGAAGGAGAAAGGUAAAAAAAAUAUUAAAUAAUAAGUGCUCGGCUGGCAAAAAAUAGCGAGUGUAUGACCCAGAGAAGACAAAUUACACACAGACUCUUAUACACAUGCUUACACACCCCCUUUUUUCUAGAUCAAGCAGCUGUCAUGGGUACAGCCUUGGGGGAAUAGCACUACAAACAAUUCAUAUCUAAUAAGGGACAGAAAGACAGUGAGACGGCACAGAGAGAACAUCACAGACACCAGACUGGACCAGGACAAAGGAGAAGGUCCUCAGGAACAGGAAUCCAGGGGAACAAAUGUCCCCAUAAAUCUCCGUCUGUCCAUGUCCAGCUCAUCUCUAUGUCUGAAAAAUACAGGUCCGUGUAACUGACUGAUUUUAUUCUGUAAAGGGAUCUGAAUCUGGAAUCAACACCACGAUUGACCAGCUGAACUAUGAGGGUGUAUAUGGUGGUUGAGAGUUCCAGCAUAUGGAAGUACUUAAAUGAUAAGCCGAGGUUCAACAUGGAGUCAUUCCUCGCUGUGUUUGCAAUUCUGCUACUAGCUGUCUCGGUGGACUCUCAGGAAAUGUCAUACGAACACAUUCUGUCCCAACUUCAUGCAUGCCCCAAAGAGUGUUACUGUCCUCCCAGUUUCCCCAAUGCAGUCUACUGCAACAACAGAGGGCUGAAAAGAAUCCCCAAGAUCCCCCCUUUCACCAGCUAUCUGUACCUACAGAACAACCUCAUCGAUGUACUUUCGGCAGAUGCCUUCCAUAACACCACACAGCUGAAGUGGAUCAACCUUAAUCAGAACAAGAUCUCAAACGAGGGUGUGGAGGAGAACGCUCUUAAAGCCAUGUCCAAUCUUCUGCAUCUCUACAUGGAGGAAAACCUGCUGACCUCCAUUCCUUCCCCUCUUCCACCAAAUCUGGAGCAGCUACAUCUCUCCAGAAACCAGAUCUCUAAAAUCCCACCAGGUGUCUUUUCUGGUAAGAAACAUCUCAUGUUACUGAACCUACAGGGUAACAAACUACAGGAUGACGCAGUUACUCAGGACAACUUUAAAGACCUCAGUGGUUUGGUUCAGAUCAACUUUGCAAAGAACCAGCUGAACAGCAUGCCUAAAGGUCUUCCCCCCUCCACUAUACAACUCUACUUGGAUGGCAAUAAUAUUCAGAAGAUCCCUGCAGAAUAUUUCAAUGGACUCCCCAAGCUGGCCUUCCUAAGACUUAAUCACAACAAACUAGUCAACGGAGGGAUCCCAAAGAACGUGUUCAACCUCUCCAGCAUCCUGGACUUACAGCUUUCUUACAACCAGCUUACAGAGGUACCACUAAUUUCUGCUGGCCUGGAGCAUCUACACCUGGACCACAAUAAAAUUAAGAGUGUGAACACCUCUGACAUCUGCCCCGUCUUUGCUGACUACUUUGAUGAAAGAGUCCCUCAACUUCGCUACCUCCGUCUCGAUGGGAAUGAAAUCGUGCCCCCCAUUCCCAGAGAUCUGAUUAUCUGCUUCCGUCGUCUCAGUGCUGUAGUCAUAUAAAUGUAGGGCUAGACGCCAAUUUAUGGUGGAUUGACAAGAAAUUCUAUUGUAAAACAGUGCAGAAUUAUAUUCUAUCCUGAUCUUUGAUACAUAGACAGACAGAAGAGGUUUAGACAUGAUUUUUUUUCUUCUGAAGUGACUUCACUGUGAUAUUCUUUACUUGUUCUAGAUCUCAGCUGAGCAAAAAUGGGGAACUGCAUUGUCAGGAACGUUGUUGGUCUACAUCUGUGUCUGAGGAUAAUGAACUGGAUAUUUAUUUCCUCGGGACAACAAAUGUCAUUUGAUUUCUAGGUAGUAUGUCUUUCCCCCACUAUAAUGAGACUGUAUUACACAGUGGUUUAUUUUUAUGUUUUAUUAUAUAGUAGAAUUGUAAUCAUGAUAGAGUUAAUGGACAGUCGCAAAACUUCUGUGACAACUAGAGUAGUUUAAGAACUGACAUUUUAGUAGGUUAGUAUACAUCGGCAGUUAACCUGUUAAGGAAAUGCUCAAUGUCUUUUUACUCAUUUGCAUUAUUUCUUUUUUUUUUUUCUUAUUGUUGUGAGUGUUGAGGUUCUCUUGGGUGACAUUUAACUGAAAUUGUAUAACCCAUUAAUGCUAAAGGAUAUUCAAUUCAAAUACAAUUGUACUAAUCACAGAAAUAAAAAUCUUUUGGGAUUUGGAAAUGCUGUAGACGAAACGGAUCGCUAACGGUGCUAAAUAAACCAACUGUUGUGUUUUUAAAUUAA